GUGUGUGUGUGUUUUUUUCGUUUUAGGAGGACAAUUUUCAAGACAAAUCAAAGAGCUAUGAGGACCCUCUGUUACAGGAGGACAUUUUGCUGUCCUCAUAAAAUUAACCUUUUAAAACAGUUUCUGGGCAUGUUUUAAUACCCAAAAAGUGUUUUUCUCAAAAGUCUUUGUAAACCAAAAACUUGACAUAUGUUGUAUAUUUGUGUGUCCGCCACUGCCCCCUGUCGGUUGGAGUUGUCCCCGCAUGCCGCACACACAAGCGCGGGAAAUUAUACACGAGCGCGGGACAUUAUACACAUCACGCGAAAUUGGAAGCUGCGCAUGCGCAUUUUAGUAUUACCCAUUUAGACCGUUGAUAUUUACAUCAAUGAUUUAGACUGACUGAUUGGGCGCUUCUUAUUCAUCCAUCAAUUUUGGCAGAGUUUUGACACGCUUUGGAGAAAAGGUAAGAAGGUAAUUAUAAAACUUAAAAGACGGACGUUCUGACAGACAGUGCUUUAGAGCCGGAACACGCGGAACGGUUCACGGAGGUCACAGCAACACGCGGGGCGGGGAUUCCCGGACUGUCCCAAGCACCGGGAUCGUUUUUUUUUUUACCCUGGCCUAAUCUCAUCACUUGUUUCAAGGUCGUGGCAUCUUCACUUUAGCCAAUUUCAAACAAGGAGACUUUGUGGUCGAGUAUAGAGGGGAGCUUAUUGAUGCAACUGAAGCUGAACACAGACGUAACCUGUACCCCAGCGCAUGUUCAGUCUUCAUGUUUGAAUUCAUAUGGAAGCAGAAGACAUUGUGUAUUGAUGGAGCACUUGAAGAUGGGUCAUUUGGGCGACUAGUAAACGAUGAACACAGGACACCAAAUUGCAGAAUGAAGUUGAUUGAAGCAGAAGGGAAGCCGCAUCUCUGCCUUUUUGCACUGAAGGAAAUUGCGGCAGGAAGUGAAAUUACUUAUGACUAUGGUGGGAAAGAAUGGCCCUGGCGGAAAAAGCUAAAGAUCGCAAGCAUCCCUUCUGGUCAACAGUGUGUUGCAGAGCCUAUUGCCCAUGACGUGGAGCACCAUGUGAUCUCUACAGACUCAUUCACAGACAGAGAAUUAAGAGCAGAGUGUCAGUCAUCUAGACCUACAGCAGACAACUCUGAGCAUGAGGUGCAUUCUGUUGGAGGUCAGCGUGGCACUUCUUCUCUGAAAGAGUUAAUUGGUGAAGGUGGUGUCCAGUAUCAGGAGUUGUCACCCCAAGCGUUCUCAGAAGAACUUACCAGUGAGAGCAAAUCGAAAGAGGUGCCACAAUCAUCCAGAGCUGUGCCUAAUGACUCUGCUUGUGAGUGUACAAUUCAUAGGCUGGUAUUUGAAUCGGUGAAACUUGACAAAUGCGGGAUAUGCCAUUCACCUUUGACAGCUAUCAGAUGGCACGGUCUAAGAUGCAAGCAAUGCCGUUGUGUGUGGCAUAAGAUCUGCCUCCAGACAUCUUCAGAAGACUGGGAUAUGUCCGACGGUGAUGUCUCAUCUGAUGAAGAAUACAUCCCAAAUUCUGCAUCAGAUUCAGAAAGCUCAGGAACAGAGUUGUCUAUUGAGUUACCUGGACCAUCAAAAAACUCCCAUGCUGCUAGCAUGCCUGAUUUAUGCGUUACUUUUGCUGAAAAAGAACAGACCAUGGAUGUUAAGAACAACUUUGAGCACAUUUUGAAUGAUCUUGAAACUACUGAUGAUCUUCAUCCCGACCAAGAACCAGACAGCUCAGAGUCAUGCCAGCAGAAAACAAAAGAUGCAUGUAGCGAAAAGAGUACUGUUUUAUAUUAGCCAAAAUGAAUCCCCAACCAAGUCAACAAAAUUAAUCAAAAGCACAGUCAAUUUUUGUUUUGUGUGUGGAAAACCUCAAACAAAAUUUGCACGUCAUCUGGAGACGCAUGUAAAUGAAAAUGCUGAAGUCGCCCAGGUGCUUCAGUUACCCAAAUCAUCAAAAGACAGAAAAGUUCAUCUUGAAAGGUUACGAAACCUUGGUAACUUCAAGCACAACUCUGCUGUUAAAACCACAGGAUCAGGUUGUCUUAAAGUGAAAAGGAUCUCAAAAAAGAGCAGCAGCAGCAGCGC